AUGAAGGAGAAGGUGUACUGCGUGAUACCAGAAGGCGUCGAGAUGGAUGGCGACUUCGACUGUCUCGAGUUGGUGAAGGCGAUCUACGGUCUCAAGCAAGCUUCACGUAUGUGGAACGAGACUUUCGACGAGUUCGUAUGCUCUAUUGGUUUCGAAGCGUCGGCGUUCGACCCAUGUCUCUACAUCAAGGUUGUCGACGGUCACUGUGUGCUCGUGCUGGUCUACGUGGAUGACGUGUUGGUCACCGGCAGCUCACUCGAGUUGAUUGCGCAGACGAAGGCCGACAUCAAGACGCGUUUCGAGAUGACCGACAGUGGCAAGUGUACUUUUGUACUGGCCAUCGAACUGGCGGACGAAUCGGAUGGCAGCGUGACGAUGUGCCAGCGACGGUAUGUCAACGACAUCCUCAAGCGCUUCGGCAUGGAUGAGUGCAAGGCCACAGCAAGUCCGGUCGACUUGAGCACUCGGCUUGUCGCAAGCACCGAAGCGGCCAAGAUCGACGUUCCGUUUCGUGAAGCUGUGGGAGCUUUGAUGCACUUGACGACUGCGACGCGCCCGGACAUUGCGUAUGCUGUGGGGUACGUCUCGCGCUUUAUGGAGAAUCCGCAGCAAGAACAUUGGACGGCGGUGAAGCGCAUCUUUCGUUACUUGCAAGGGACCAAGUCGCACGGACUCCGCUUCCAGCCAAGCGACAAGAUCGACUUUCGUGGCUACUCGGACGCGGACUGGGCCGGCGACCACGCUGAUCGCAAGUCGACUUCGGGUUACACUUUCAUGCUGAUGGGUGCUCCUGUGAGUUGGGGAAGCAAGAAGCAGUCAAGUGUGUCGCUGUCGACGAGUGAAGCGGAAUACAUCGCACUGAGUCUGGCCAUCCAGGAAGGCAAGUGGGUGCAUCGCCUGCUAUGCGAGAUUUUGGCGGCCGCAAACGAACCAGGACCGGACCUCGUCAUCCGUGAAGACAACCAGUCGUGCAUCAAGAUGACGAAGAGUCCGGUGAAUCAUGGCCGCGCCAAGCACAUCGACAUCAAGUACCAUCACAUCCGUGAUGAGGUCAAGCGCGGUGAAGUGCAGCUCGAGUAUUGCGAGACUUCCGUGAUGAUGGCGGACAUCAUGACCAAGGGACUUUCGGGACCUCGCCAUAAGGACUUGACGACGGCUCUCGGCAUUCGUGCGAGUUCGCAUUGA